CGCUUGGAUUAUAUUUUACUGUGUAUUUCUGCAUUUCUGAUGCGUAUUUCACGCAGACACGCAGCUUAUCUGGAGCUCUGGCCGGUAUAUGAACACCAUUUGUUGUUUGGAAAUUGAUUGACUGACCCUGCACAUUGUCCCAUUGUCCUUCUAAACUGCCACUACUGACCCCGCCGAGUCAAUAACCCGACUUUAUCCGUCAUACACGUAGUUCAAGAUUCUCUCACACACGUCCGUAGAGGUCGGAGCACAAACUCAAAUACACUUAAGCUCAUCUGACCUCAAAGCCCGACUUGAAAACCAGUUGUUAUCUGAACAGAUUUUAAGAGCGACGAAGCUGCACAUUUUUGCAUGGUAAUCUCAGAAAUUAUCUUCCUCAAAUGUGUUAAAAUACCUCCAUAGUCUACACACACAUAUACCUACCCACCUAGUGUAUACCAUGCCUCACUUGAGAAGCCACAUAUAUCAUCAAUUAAUAACAGAUAAACGUUAUCAAGACUAUCUCAGAGUUACGUCAAUAACACGUUGAGAUGAUCACAAUACUUAUAUAUAUCACAGGUCGGUCAUAUAUCAAAAACAAACCCCCGUGACCUACUUGAAGCCUGGUUGAGGGGCUCCGGCACGCUAUCCGUGCUCUCCCCUCAACCUACCAAGCUGAUACACGCGGCCCUGCGUCGCGGAUAUAUAAUGACGUAGUUGUGACAAGACGCUGGUCACAGUAAUUCUGACAUAAUCGACUUCACUGCCGACACAAUUGCAAACAACACCUAGACAGUCGCCUGCAACUUUACCUGGGCAUUUUAGCUGCAUUUUCACCUGGACGAUUCGCGAGGAUACCUGCUGUCUUGACUAAUGGCAAAUGAUAAACCUUCAGGCCCAGAUGGGGAGAAUGGAGGCCUGGACUCGGUUCGACAGCGUCAGGUCAAGCCCCCAUAUGACAACGCUGACAACGAUACCAGCUCGACCACGGUGGAAAUUGUCCAGAAGGUGCAGAUGCAACGUAAUGUUGGCGUGUUCAGCGGAAUCUCCAUCAUCGUCGGAACUAUCAUAGGGUCGGGUAUUUUCGUGUCCCCCAAGGGCGUUCUGAGGGACACGGGGUCAGUGGGACUCAGUCUGGUGGUGUGGGCAGCCUCGGGACUCAUCGCUCUCUUGGGGGCGCUGUGUUACUCCGAGCUGGGGACGCUGAUCCGUCUGUCGGGAGGGGAGUACGCCUACAUCCGCGCCGCCCUCGGUAACAUCCCCGCCUUCCUCUACUCAUGGACGUCCGUCAUCGUCAUCAGGACGUCGUCGCUGUCGAUCAUCACGUUGACGUUCGCCCAGUACGUGGAGAGUUUCUUCACCAUGUGUGGCGCACCAGUUGCUCCCACCAAGAUCGUGGCGGCCAUUGCACUGAUCACUGUGGGCAUUGUCAAUAGCUGGAGCACCAAGUUGGCCGCCAGGGUGCAGGUCGUCUUCACAGCCGCCAAACUCAUCGCUCUCGGCAUCAUCAUCGUCGGCGGUGUAGUCAAGAUGGCGGAAGGUAACAUCAGCGUCCUGGAGGAGGGUUUUGAGGGGUCGACAACCUCACCAUCAACGAUAGCGCUGGCAUUUUACGGCGCUUUGUGGGCCUACGACGGCUGGAACAAUCUUAACUACGUUACGGAAGAACUUGAAAAUCCAGAAAAAAAUCUUCCACGUGCCAAUAUAUUCGGCGUCCUUCUCGUCACCAUCGUCUACGUCUUGACAAACAUCUCCUACCUCAGCGUGAUGACUACACAGGAGCUGCUUGAUUCCGAUGCAGUGGCUGUGACGUGGGGAGACCGUGUCCUUGGAGCUGCUGCCGUCAUCAUGCCUCUGUCUGUCAUGGUGUCAACGUUUGGAGCAGCCAAUGGAACUGCCUUCAGUGGUGGAAGAGUUGUAUAUGCUGCUGCAAGAGACAACAACCUGCCUGAGAUAUUGUCCUACAUCCAAGUGAAGCAGCUGACUCCCAUGCCGUCCAUGUUGUUCACAAUCUUCAUCGCCCUCCUCAUGAUUAUUCCCGGAGACAUCAGCGGCCUCAUCGACUUCUUCAGCUUCACCGCCUGGAUGUUCUACGGCAUGACCUUCCUCGCCCUCAUCGUCCUCAGGUUCAGGAUGAAGGAUGCGGAACGGCCAUAUAAGGUUCCAAUCCCAAUCCCGAUCAUCAUGCUGCUGGUUUCGUUGUACCUGAUCAUCGCCCCCAUCGUGGAGGACCCCCAGAUCGAGUUCCUGUAUGCCUUCCUCUUCGUCAUAGGGGGUCUCAUCUUCUACUUCCCUCUCGUACAUUUCAACUUAAAGGUUCCAGGUUUUGAUAAAAUAACGGAAUGGUGUCAGUUGAUUUUAGAGAUCGUCCCAUCAAAAGUAGAGCCUGAUUCAUAAGACGAUAAAACGUUCCAUGGAGUUCGACUCCAAACUGUGAAAGGAACUCUUGCAGUUAUUAUCAGCUGUAGAUAUAUGCAUGCAUGUGCCCUAAAUGUACAUGGCGGGCAUGCUAACCAGAAGAAUAAGCUGACGAAUGGUUAUGAUAAGAAAGUCUCAUCUAUAAGAAAGAGAUAAUAAGGGCCAAUUUUGGCCCAAAGGAUCUCCAUAAUUUUUAAAAUGUACACUUGUAGAGAUCGUAUACAAAUGUUAAAGAUUGUGAACUUAUGACAACAUUUAAUGCAAAGGUAAGGAUGGAAUGUGUUGAAAAGUUGGUUUCACGGGAGAUUUUUUUUCUGAUAUCCAAGCAUGAGUCUUUGACCUUAGCUGAUUUUCCUACGUGAUGUAGAUAUCGGCAGCACAAAUAUAUGGAAUAUAAACGUCAACGCCAGAAAAAAACAGUUUUCAAAUCCAACUAAACAGAUUCCAUUGGGCGUAAAAGGCAAAAUAGCGGUGAAAAUGCUAUGAAUGGACCACUGAAAACAGUGAUGACACCAGGUGCCCGGGAAAUUGGGUCGCGGUCCCUUGAAAAUAAUAGUCAACCUUGUCACUCAUUUCUGUCAGGAUACCUUUGUACUUCUUCAUGUCAAAGUGUUAGAAGGGACAAAGGCUUUCAAUCAACCACUUUGAACAUUUCCCAUAAUUUCCAAUCAAACUUUAAAACAUGUCCAGUGUACCCAAAUAGGCCCUUUUAUAACUCGUCCUUUGUAAAAAGAAAAUGUGUGUGUGUGUGUGUGUGUGUGUGUGUGUGUGUGUGUGUGUGUGUGUGUGUGAUGUGUUUACAUGCUAAGUUUCAGCCAUCAUAUUUGCAAAAUUACAUUUUAGAAAAUAUGACUGUGGUAAAAGAAUAUUCCGCUAAUUUCAUAAUCCCUUUUUAGAUACACUUGUGAGAAGUAGAAAUUGGACUCAAACAAAGAGGAGGUCAUACAUUUAAAUAUCUCUUCACCUGCCUACAUGGGAGUACUUUGUUGUUUUUUAUCUCAUUUAUUACUGCACAAUGUACUUAUACAGUAUUGGGGAAUGUGUUAUGCUGCAUUGAUUAUGUCAUUUUUCAAGGAAUAUCUUUCAUUCACGUGAACAUCCCAUCACUGUAUCCCAGACGUAUGUUGUGUGUACAAUAAAUCAUUUCUAUUGGUA